AUGAGAACCGCUACGAUAUCUAGAGACACCAACGAAACCAAAAUUCAGAUCGCUUUGUCGUUGGAUGGAGGACAUGUGGCUCUUGAAAAGUCGUUGUUUGUACAAAGUGGCUCUAAAUCUGAUGAGCACGCUACCCAGGCCACCUCUUCGCAGGUCAUCAACGUACAAACUGGUAUUGGGUUUUUGGACCACAUGUUGCACGCGUUGGCAAAGCACUCGGGCUGGUCACUUAUAGUGGAGUGUAUUGGAGACCUCCACAUCGAUGACCAUCACUCGGCGGAAGAUGUGGCUAUCGCGUUGGGAAUGGCCUUCCACAAGGCGUUGGGUCAAGUGAGAGGUGUCAAGAGAUUUGGAACUGGAUUUGCCCCGUUAGACGAAGCUUUGAGUCGAGCGGUAGUGGAUCUUUCCAACAGACCGUAUGCGGUGAUCGACUUGGGUUUGAAGAGAGAAAAAAUUGGGGAUUUAUCGUGUGAGAUGAUUCCUCACGUUCUUGAAAGUUUUGCCCAAGGAGCCGCCAUCACCUUACACGUUGAUUGCUUGAGGGGGUUCAACGAUCACCACCGGGCCGAGAGUGCCUUCAAAGCAUUAGCAGUGGCCAUUAAGGAAGCCAUUUCAAGUAACGGGACCGAUGAAGUACCUAGUACUAAGGGAGUUUUAUUUUAG